UGCAAGUUGACUAAGCGGCAGGUGCGUAUCGGUCCCGUUUAAUUAGUAAUUGAUAUAUUACGAGGAGUUUCACUCUAUUAUAAUGUCAGAGGAUAGUGAUUUUAAAAUUUUGGAUUACUUGCAUAUGCAACUGAAGCCUGGAUGGACCAAAAAGGGAAUAACUGAAUUUCUGAAAGAAGCAGAAAAGCGUGAAGUUUUAUACACAAGAGCCCGUAGAGAUGAUAUGGAGAAAGCAAUCGCUCAAUUUAGAAGUUCUGCUUUGAAUUUCAUCGCCAGACUACCGACUGAGAUACGAAGUAAACCUUACUUUGAUUGUAUCAACCAGUAUAAUGGGGAUACAGGAGCAAAUUUACUUGACCAGUUGGUGUCUGAGGUAAAAAAACGUAGUCGACUCGAAUGGGAAGAUUCUGUAAAGACUCGUACCGGAAAAAGACCAUGUAGAGGACAUACUACAAGUAAUUUUCGAAGUGCAAAGACAUCUCAAGCAUCCACUAAUCCACAGUUGUCACAAUGGCAGUCUAUGCCAUUUAUUUCGGAAGAUGAAGAGUUAACAAAUAUUAAUGAUGUCGGUCAAGUUCCAACUCUAAAUACUUCUCAGAUGAAAUCUGGUAGUGGAAAACGGUUACCAAUUGCUUCGACACCAAAAGUUACUGAACUUGAAGGAUUCAUCCCUCCAUCUACUACUUAUCGAGUAACUCGAUCACGUGCGAUCAAUAACCAAACUUCAAGUACAUGUAAAAUGAAUACAACUCGUGUAACUAACACUAAUACAAAUCAUUAUACAACAGCUAAUGAUACUUUAACCACUAUGGAUAAAACUUUACGACCUAAUUCUACACAAAAAUUAUCUAAAGAAAUGAGAGAUAAAUUAUUAUCGAAGAUUGAUCGUAACAAUAUACAGCUAUCAUCACCGGAAGCACAGCAUCUACGUAAUUUUAUUGUAACACUUCAAGAUGCAUUAAACCGUCAUAUUCAAUCAAGAAAGAAAUGAAAAAGCAAGUCAAUGCUUGACGCAAACUUGUCUCUGUUUUAUAACUUUGUGCAAUCAAUAACUUGUCCAGAUUUCAUAAGUGUAAAGAAAAUAUGAUAAUUUAGUUGUGUUAAUGUUAUUAUUCUUUGUUUACUGAUGUAUAUGUGAUAAAGUCUAACUAUAAUACUCAACUAAUAAUUUGUUCAGAUGUUUACUAAAUUAAGCGUUUAUUACAAAAUUGUCUGGGAUAUGAACCACUAAUUGGCGCGAUAUCAUGUUGUAUUUGGUUGAUCGACAGAUGAUUCUAAUCCCAUGCUACAAUCUCAAUGAUACUGUAAAUUCACGAACUUCCUGCUUACAAACAUCUGUUUUUUACAACAGCUUACAAGGUUACCAUUGAGGUGUAAUAAGGCCAUGAUAAACAGUAAAUACAAUAGUAACUCUUUUGAAUGGCUACCUCUAAUAUGAUCUUUAUUAGCAACGUGUUAAUAAACUUCAUAAUGACAUUAUUUUCACCUUAAAGUUGUUUGUGACACGAUCUAUAACCAGUUAUAUUGGUGCUGAUGCAUUCACUCUUUAUCUCCUUUCAAGUAUCUAGUUUUAAUAUUCCUUCAUUAAUACCUUUUUAUUUUGUCAUCCAUGACAAAUAGUCGUAGCUCAAAUCAAUCGCAACGUGCAUCCGAUUUCAGUUUUUUAAUUACUGUGCUCCGCAGCUGUUGCUUAUUUUUUCAUAUAUAUUUUCAGUUGUAUCAAGAUAUGGAGUUCUGAAUUGUUUAGUUUGUCGUAAAAUUGUCAGAUUAUGGUUUGACUUUUUUCAUUUCAGUCUUGCUUUAGACAAUAUUGUAUUUAGGAUGGUGAAAAGCUAAGCUAUGCGCUGUUCAUCUUCCAAUCUUGGUUGGCAACUUAACUCCUUUAAUCUUCAUCCCAAUGAUAUCAUCUAAGUACUAAUCCCCUAAGAGGCCACCAUGAACUCAAGUGUCAUCAAAUACCAUCGUUAACAAUGAGUCAACAGUUUUCGUAUUUGUAUUCAAAUCUCAACUCUAGGUUAUUUCAUUUAAAGACGAACAGAUUACCA